GAUGAAAUAUUUUAGCAUUUGUUCUAAAUCUAUAUACGGUAUAUGGUAUACCUAAUAGAUCAUAAGUACACAAAUCCUUAAUAUCCCUUGCCUAAAACCAAGAGGGGAAAUCUCCCCCUCUCGAGAUCCAAACAGUCAAACCUAAAACUACAACAAAUGAUAGCCAAUAAUAUUAGAUAAGCUUAUCUAUUCUGUUACAACUUACAAGGCAAUAGCUAGUGAAAAUGGAACUUGGUUUACGCUUCAUAAAUCAGAAAAUACAGGUUUCAUUUAUUCAAUUGUCAACAUUUAGAUCACAAUCUGUGCUAUUCCAUCCAGCCUCCUACCACUGCUUUACUUCAUCUUCUAAACUUCAUAGAUUAUAUCUUACACAAUCUUCUGGAGACAGGAAAGGCAAUGACACCCAGUUUGGAAGAUCACCUGCCGAACAAUUUGCACCACUCGCAUUACCGUUCCAACGUCGGCUUUUACUAGGUAUUGGGUCAGCCUCGUUAGUAGCAAUUGGAGCUAAUUUCACUGGAAUCACAAGCUUCCUCCUUGGACUUUCACCGGAAACCGGGCGAAAUCUCAAGCUGGAUGUGCUUUAUCCAAUUGGAGGAUAUAGUCGCUGCAUUCAACCAAAUGAAGGAUUUGAGUUCAUAUAUCCGGCCAUAUGGGUUGCCGACCAGACAUUAGUGUAUCGAGCAGCAGAACGGGCAGAACAGGAAAGAUCACUGGAUCCCCUUCCUCUAAACUCUGGUAAGAGGCGGAAGAGGAAUGUGAAUGAACCAGUCAUAGCCUUUGGUCCACCAGGCUCGACUGGUGAGCUAAACAUCAGUGUGAUUGUUUCACCAGUUUCUAAGGAUUUCAGGAUUGAAGCAUUUGGUGGACCAAAAGAGGUAGGAGAAGCUGUUAUUAGGACUAUUACAGCCCCCAAUCGACGCCCAGAUGUGAAGGCUACGUUGCUGAGAUCGAACCUCAGAAUGGAUUCCUCGAAAAAUAUUUAUUAUUAUGAGCUGGAAUUCAAGGUUGAUAGCCCCACAUUUCAGCGCCAUAAUUUGACGGUAUGUUGUGCCCAAAAUGGAAGACUAUACACACUCAAUGCCCAAGCCCCAGAAUCGGCAUGGCAAGAAGUGAAAGAAGAUUUCUACAAUGUUGCUAAUUCUUUUAGUCUCAGUUCAUAAAAUGUGCAUGGAAGUAUGUCAUAUAAAACAUGUUGUAACAGGCAGACGCAGGGGCGAAGUCAGGAUUUUGAAUUAAGAGGGUUAAAUUGUCGAUAUACUAGCAAAUUAUUUAUUACAUAAAAACUAAUUAAACUA